AUGGAGGUGGAAUGCGAGAGCUGGGGUGACGAAAAGAGUAGGUGGAGGAUGAAAUGCAUCCGGCCGAAUCAACUGGCCAUGCUCACGACCGCUGAGGGCAUGACUGCCACACCCACGCUGCCAGUCACACCCAUCACCACUUGUUCCAAGACCACCGGCAAGGGCAAGUCUCGCAGGCACUCUAAAGGCAAAGGCAAGUCUCUCAUUUCCGGCAUGGAUGCUCAGUGUCCUAGUCCCAUCCCUGAGGAACCAGAUGCCGAUGUUGAGAUGCUCGAUGCGGCACCAAGCACUGGUCCCACUGGUCCCACUGGUCCUACUGGUUCUACCGGUCCUGCCCCAGAUGCAGUGCCUUUGGCAGCUGCCGACGAUUUCCCUGCAGAUCACUGGAUCGAGCCUAUAGAUGACAACCUCCUACCUCCAGCACCAUUUAUGCACACACCAGGCGAUAUCCGACCCCCCUCCCCUGUCACCACUUCCAUGCCCCUUGAGUCCCACCAGCAUCCCCGUCACUUGACCGAUGUGGAAAUGGAGACCAUGUUGGCCCAAAUUCAUUUCAAUAUGGAGGAGCUCCGGACACAUGAUGACCUGUCCCAUCGCAUCGACCAGCUGCAUGCCAACUAUACGGAGCAAUUGGGCACCCAGAGGGGACUGGUAGAUAACUUGACCAUUCAGGUGAGUGGUAUUGCCUGGUACCUGAGGGACAACCAAAGGACCGCUGAAGCAACGGCCUCAACUCCACCCGCAUUCAAUCCACCACCCAUUGUCAUCCCCGGUACCCCCAUAUUCCCUGAGUUUGGCUCCAUCAGUGCCUUAGGUCAUGCUGUCACCAACCAUGUCUUUACUCUGGAUGUGUUUUUGACCCAUGCACGCCCCGGUGGUGACGGCUCACCAGUCACAAGACAUGAGCAAGCACCUACAUCUGCCUCUACCUCCACCAUCACUGCCUCUACCUCCACCAUCCACCCUGUCCCCACAAGGGAAUCUGGUCCACCCAUUAAUCCGGUUGGUGCACAUCUGGUGCCACCCCCCAGUGUCCCCAUGGAAUCUAUGCCUUCCACCAGCACCCUUCGCACAUUGGUCACCGGGCCAUUAAAUGUGGCACAGGAUGGUCAGUCCAUCUCGGCUCCUUUGCCAAACCGGUCAUUUGCGCCUCAAUUGCGCCAACAAGGUCAGUCAGCUUGUGAGAUCAUUGAUGCACCUGGUGAUGUACCUACCAGAUGA